CAGGAGUCUCUACUCACUGUCGAAGGACAAUGGCGAAGGGGCUCACUAUUGGAUGGGGAGCUGCUCCGGGCAGGCAGUCUCAGAUGUUUGUGUAACCUAAUCGGCAUCUGGCUGAACCGUGUCUGACAAACGAAGGGAAGGGCCCGUCUAGCCCGAGGCGGCGGUGCUCCGGGGAACGCGUUACUGUAUGCAGACGGCGUUAUGGAGAUGCCUGGGCUGACGCCGAUUUCACCAUAUCCCCGGCUGUUCGCCCCACAGGGGCUUCGCCUCGUGUGGCGGCGCGGUGCCUUCGUGCCGCCGUGAGCAGCGGGCGCGGGCGGCGGGGAUGCCGCGGCCGUGCGGAGGCGGCAGCGGUGACACGGCGGGCGACCCGCGCGAGGGCAGCACACGAGCGACCCGCACGCCGAGGGACGGCUCGCCGCUCGGCCUUCCAGCGCACGGCGCCGGGACCCCCGAGACGCGGGGGCAGGAGCCGCGGCAGAGGCCGGGAGCGGCGCCGGUGGCGACAGACAAGGUUGCAGGCAAGCUGAGCUCCACUCUCUCAUGGGUGAAGAACACGGUGUCGCACACCGUCAGUCAAAUGGCCAGCCAGGUGGCGAGCCCGUCUGCCUCCCUGCACACCACGUCCCCCUCCACCACGCUGUCCACGCCCGCCCUCUCGCCGUCCUCACCCACACAGCUCAGCCCCGACGACCUGGAACUGCUGGCUAAACUCGAGGAGCAGAACAGACUCUUGGAAACAGAUAGCAAAUCCUUACGAUCAGUAAAUGGGUCAAGAAGAAAUAGUGGAUCUUCUCUUGUAUCUAGUUCAUCAGCUUCUAGCAAUCUCAGCCAUCUUGAAGAAGACUCGUGGAUCCUCUGGGGGAGGAUUGUGAAUGAAUGGGAAGAUGUACGGAAAAAGAAGGAAAAGCAAGUUAAGGAGCUGGUUCGAAAAGGGAUACCUCAUCACUUCAGAGCAAUUGUUUGGCAACUUUUAUGCAGUGCUCAAAGCAUGCCAAUUAAGGAUCAGUAUUCAGAGCUUUUAAAAAUGACAUCUCCUUGUGAAAAAUUAAUAAGAAGGGACAUUGCUAGAACGUACCCUGAACAUGAUUUUUUCAAAGAAAAAGAUAGCCUUGGGCAGGAGGUCUUGUUCAACGUCAUGAAGGCUUACUCUCUGGUGGAUCGUGAGGUUGGAUACUGUCAAGGAAGUGCUUUUAUAGUUGGAUUACUGCUUAUGCAGAUGCCAGAAGAAGAGGCAUUCUGUGUGUUUGUUAAAUUAAUGCAAGAUUACAGACUACGAGAACUCUUUAAACCAAGCAUGGCUGAACUGGGCCUUUGUAUGUACCAGUUUGAAUGCAUGAUACAGGAACAUCUUCCAGAGCUUUAUGUGCACUUUCAGUCUCAGAGUUUUCACACUUCUAUGUAUGCAUCGUCAUGGUUUUUAACUAUAUUCCUUACAACUUUUCCACUACCAAUUGCAACAAGAAUAUUUGAUAUCUUUAUGUCUGAGGGUUUAGAGAUAGUAUUUCGAGUAGGUUUAGCACUACUUCAGAUGAACCAGGCAGAAUUACUGCAACUUGACAUGGAAGGAAUGUUACAGCACUUUCAAAAGGUCAUUCCACAUCAGUUUGACAGUGGUCCAGACAAAUUAAUCCAAGCAUCUUAUCAAGUCAAAUACAAUGCAAAAAAGAUGAAAAAGCUAGAAAAAGAGUACACUACAAUAAAGACAAAAGAAAUGGAAGAACAAGUUGAAAUUAAAAGGUUACGAACUGAAAAUAGACUCCUAAAACAGCGCAUUGAAACACUAGAAAAAGAAAGUGCUUCCUUGGCAGAUAGAUUGAUACAGGGACAAGUGACAAGGGCCCAGGAGGCUGAGGAAAACUACCUCAUAAAACGGGAGCUGGCCACCAUCAAACAGCAGAGUGAUGAGGCCAAUACUAAACUGGAGCAAGCUGAGAAUACCAUCAGGGAGCUCCAGCAACAGCAGCAAUGGCAUAAAUGCAGUUCACGAUACAGUGAAGACUUUGUGCUACAGCUGGAAAAAGAGCUGGUCCAAGCCAGGCUGAGUGAAGCAGAAUCCCAUUGUGCCCUGAAGGAGAUGCAAGAUAAAGUUCUAGAGAUGGAAAAGAGGAACAGCUCCCUCCCUGAUGAGGAAAAUGUUGCCAGACUACAAGAAGAACUGAUUGCAGUAAAAUUGAGAGAAGCAGAAUCUUUGAUGGGUCUCAAAGAACUAAGGCAGCAAGUCAAAGAUUUGGAGGAGCACUGGCAGCGUCACCUAGCUCGUACCACUGGCAGAUGGAAAGAUCCUCCCAGAAAAAAUGCAGUGAAUGAGCUACAGGAUGAGCUGAUGACAGUGCGGUUGAGAGAAGCAGAAACUCAGGCUGAGCUGAAAGAGACCAAACAAAGAAUGAUGGAGGUGGAGACACAGAAUCAGAUCAAUAGUAAUCACUUACGAAGGGCAGAGCAAGAGGUUACCAACCUACAGGAGAAGGUGCAGUAUCUUUCUGCGCAGAACAAAGGACUCCUGGCUCAGUUGAAUGAAGCAAAACGUAGACAAGCAGAGAUCGAAUGCAAGAGUAAAGAAGAAGUGAUGGCAGUACGGCUCCGUGAGGCAGACCGCAUUGCAGCUGUGGCAGAACUCCAGCAGCACAUUGCUGAAUUGGAAAUCCAGAAAGAAGAAGGAAAAAUUCAAGGGCAGCUUAAUAAGUCUGAUUCUAACCAGUACAUCAGAGAACUGAAAGAUCAGAUAGCUGAGCUGCAUCAUGAGAUCAAAUGCCUAAAAGGCCAGAGAAACUUCUCAGACCAACCCACUUUUGAUGGGAUUCACAUUGUCAACCAUUUCACAGGAGAUGACGAAUCAUUUCAUUCUUCUGAUGAAGAUUUUAUAACUAACUCCAUACAGGAGAGUGGGGUGAACUUUCAUCUUCCCAGGAGGACUGGUCAGAUGUCUUUGGAUCACACACUUGUAGACAGCAGUGACAGUGACACAGAGGAAAGUGCCCUUCAGACUGGGAAUUCGGGCAAGAUCGUUUCUAAGCAGAGAAGAAUGGAAUCCUACUCUACUACUGUGUGAUUAUCACUGUGACUAGCACUGAAGACUUCCAUAUUACUUUAAGGCUGAAAUUGUGAGGGAACUGAAACCAUCCAGCAGUUGGUUUAGGUAUCUAUUGGAUUUGGUCUGGCCUGUGAUAAAUAUAUACAUGUACUGUCUCUCUGCCUUCUCUCUUUGCCAAAUCUUGCUAAUGACAUACCAUUGCCAUAAAAUAGGCUGGGAGGAAGUUGAUGGAUGACAGUUUUGACAGUAUUACUGAAUGUUCUUUGGUUUAGAAACUGCAAAUAUUUCUUUAAUGUGUAAGAAGCAUUUUGCUGUUCACAAACACAGGAAUUAUUUUCCUCAAAAGAAAUUGCUUUUGUGCAAUAUUUUAUGCUCUGAACAAAUGUGUAUGUUUUACGUUGUUAUCCUUUUGUGAUCAAGAUGGACUCUAGUAAACCAUCUGAUCAUGACACAUAUAUAUAUAAUUAUCUUACGCUUCUCAGUUAGUUUUGGUUUUUUUACUGAAGUUAUUGGAUACCCACAGAAGGCUUGAAAGACAUGCCUUUAUCUGUACUACUUCAUAUAUGCAAAUAAUGGUCACUAAUGUCAUAAAGGUGUUUUUCACCAUUUUCACUUAAACUUAUGUGCAUCUGCUUUUGAUGUUGCUAAAUAAUAACUGGUCUGAAUAUGUUAAUUACAAUAAUGUUUAUUUUGUACAUAUUUAUGUAUCUACACCAAGCUGAAACUGUACAUUACUCCAUUUUAUAUGAGGAAUGUAAAUGUUGCGAUAUUACUGUCUCUGGUAUUCUAACAGGAAAAUGAAUUCUGUAUAUACACACUAAAAGUGAAUUACUAAAUAAAGGCAAAACACUAACUUUGCAUUAAGUUUCAGCCUAGCUACACUAACAGGCUCAUGUCAGAAAUGCUUGUUCAAAACACUAUUGAUGAAAUCUUUUACCUUCAUGUAUAUGUAAUGAAAAUAAAUUUUUCAUGAUUUAACAA